CAUCGCUGGAAUCACCGAGGAGGGUGCAAGGACAUCAGCCAAACGCUUGGGACUAUGACUUAUGUGGAUGGUUCAUAAACUCGCAGUGUAUUUCUACUGUACGUCCACUCAACUUUAUUGUAAAUCAUACAUUAACGUUAAACGCCUUCAGCCAUACAGACGGGACCAGAAUGGCAUCGAUAUUCCUCAUCAGGUCUCGGACUUCGCUGUUGACAACAUCUAGAUCAUUAAAGAACGAAUUCAGAAAAGGAAAGUUGACCGAAGGAGCGUGCUUCAGUUGUACUGCACUGCGGUUAGCCACAAACAGUCCUGCUGUUCUUGGAUGCAGCCUGCGGCCUCAUGCAUCAUCUCUACCGCACCCUGAAUUCUCAUCGAGUCAGCACUGCUUGACCAGGUCACACCGUAUGUACUGUGCCGUCUUAGUACCUGACCACACCCUGUCAGGCCACAACCACUUCACGCAUCAUAGGACGAUAGCUUGGCCAGAAAGCACUUCCGUUCGGUGGGUACAUACUACAGGCCGCCUUCAUGACGAUUCAAAAGUUGAACAGUCUUUACGUUCACUAAAGGAUCGGAAUAAAAAGCUCGAGGAGGGUGGGCCGGUUUACAGUCCGACAGUGGAUGCGCAGCCGGUGAGAAGGUCGAUAGGGCAACGCGUCGUUGAUGAGGUGAAGCACUACUAUCAUGGAUUUCGUCUAUUGUGGAUAGACACUACCAUCGCUGUGCGCAUGCUCUGGAGGAUACUGAAUGGAAACACUCUGUCACGCCGCGAAAGGAGACAGUUCCUGAGGACAUGUGCAGAUGUUUUCCGACUGGUGCCCUUUCUAGUUUUUAUCAUCGUUCCCUUCAUGGAGUUUCUGCUUCCCAUUGCAGUGAAGCUUUUCCCUAACAUGCUGCCGUCCACCUUUGAGACACAGUCCACAAAGGAGGAAAGGCUAAAGAAGGAGCUAAGGGGGAAGCUAGAGAUGGCCAAGUUCUUGCAGGACACGAUUGAGGAGAUUGCACUAAGAAAUAAAGCAGCCAAAGGCAAUGUGACUGAAGAGUUCUCCACUUUCUUCCAAAAGAUUCGUGACUCAGGAGAGAGACCCAGUAAUGAGCAGAUCAUCCGUUUCUCUAAGCUGUUUGAGGAUGAACUGACUUUAGAUAACCUGACACGGCCGCAGCUGGUGGCCCUUUGCAAACUGCUGGAGCUUCAGCCCAUCGGCACCAACAACUUCCUGCGCUUCCAGCUUAUCAUGAAACUACGAGCCAUCCGUGCAGAUGACAAGAUGAUAGCAGAGGAGGGUGUGGACAGUCUGAAUGCGAAUGAACUACAGGCGGCUUGUCGUGUGAGAGGAAUGAGAGCUCUGGGUGUGACAGAGGAUCGGCUUCGAGAGCAACUUAAACAGUGGUUGGAGCUUCACCUGAAUCAGCACAUCCCUACGUCUCUUCUGCUGCUGUCUCGUGCCAUGUUCUUGCCCGACACGCUUUCGCCUGCAGACCAGCUCAAAACAACUCUACAGAACCUGCCUGAGAUAAUGGCUAAAGAAGCACAGGUGAAGGUGGCCGAGUUGGAUUUUUCCAAAGUGGAUAACAAGACCAAGCUGGAGGCCACGCUGCAGGAGGAGGCGGCAAUCCGAGAGGAGCACAGAGAGAAAGAGCUGGAGCGGUUGGCUGAUGCAAAGGAGAAAGCAAAGGAACAGGCUGCACGGGAGCUUGAGGUGCUGGAUGCAGAUGGGAAGGUGGGUGCAGAACAAGCUCUGUCCAGUGCAGAUGGGGCCAUCCAUUCAGAAACACUACGAGAUACCGCACCGGUGCUUGAGGGAAUUAAGGGAGAGGAAAUCACCAAGGAGGAGAUUGACAUGCUGAGCGAUGCCUGCACCAAGCUGAAGGAGCAGAAGAAACUCCUCACCAAAGAGAAGGAGGAACUGGAGGACCUGAAGGAUGAUGUGCAGGAAUAUAGUGAGGACCUGGAGGAGAUUAAGAGAGAGCUCUCUAAGACAGGCCAGGAGAAAGUGGUGGAGGAAUCUAAAGCAAGCAAACGUCUGUCAAAGCGAAUCAAUCUCAUGAUUGGCCGAAUAGAUAAGAUCAUGAAUGAGCUGGAGAAGGACAAGGUGGUGCUAGAUGGUCAGAUGGACAGCGAAACCACACCUCCGAUAGGAUUGUUCUUUGAGAAACGUAGUAACUUUCCAAGCAUGUUCCUGUCCUACAGGGAAAAUCUUGUCAGCAUCAAUGAGCUCAUUGCCAUCAUGAAGCAGAUCCAGAACAUUCCAGAACACAAGCUGCUCAGCAUUGCAGACGCUCUCGAUGAAAACAAGGAUGGCAAGAUUGACAUUGAUGAUGUCAUCAAGGUCAUAGAGCUGAUCGAUAAGGAGGACAUCGAUAUCUCCACCAAUCAGGUGGCAGAGAUCAUGGUGAUGCUUCAGAAGGAGGAGAAGUUGGUGGAGAAGGAAAAAGCCAAGGAGAAGGCAGAGAAAGAGCAGGCAGCUAAAAUCCAAAACUAGACUUAAAACUGACAGCGCCACGUAAGGAAACGACCACGAAGCUAUUAAAGACCACGAAUGUGCUUAAUGUGUUUCAGAGAGAGGCGAAACUAAAGCUGUAAUUAUUGCUAUAUAAUGUGUUUCUUUUUGGUUGUUCAGAGAGAAAAACACUUGUAAAAGGUUUAGAGAGAUCUUUCCCUGGAGUGUACGGUUUUACAUGCUAGAACAAAUUUUGCUUUGUUCGAGACUGUUGUGUAAUGACUGAAUUGACAAAUUUAUUUAUUUAUUAAUGGUAAUUCAGAGAUGAAUUUUAAAAGGAUAUUUGUUUUGAACAAAAAAUAGUUUUGACCCUUAAAAAUGGUCAUUGUUUUUACAAUUCUGUUUUGUGGAAGCUUUAAGCAUCAAAAAUUAUUUCGAAAAAAUAAUGAAAACAUUCUCAUCGACAACCCUUUGGCAGUGAUGUCAUUUCCUGUGAUCUGAGGUCAUUUCCUCUCUUUGCACAUUACAUCAUUCCACGUUUUUUCAUCUGUUUUUUCUUUUAAGUGCUCGGUUCAUUUACAUGAGAUUGUCAAAUAUUGCUCAGAAGACAUUCAGCUCAUACUCUUGUUUAUCUUAACAACCAAAGACAAUUUGUUGUACAGGUUGUGCUUUAUUUUGUCCUGUGAAUGCAACUAAGCCCCGCACCUUUUAUGCUGCAGAAAUGUAUCGACUGAAAGUCAGUGGCUGUCUAAUUGAUUCUUUGUUUUUAAUAUUUAUUUUGAUUUUAGCAUCAAGCAAACAUUUUGUGGCCUUAGCAAUCAACCCCCCUCCCAAACGUUAAAUCCAGAUAUAAUACAGCUAUAGAGAUAUUUAACAAUUUAUUUGUGCAUUGAAUGUAUAGGAAAUUUCCAUGAUAUGAGUCUCUGUAUUAGGUUUCAAAUGCAUUCAUUGUUUGUGAAUGUUGGCUUGAGUACCUUUGUGUUUGGAAUAGAUAGGUGUAACUUCAGUCAGUGUGGCCCAGCCCAUCCUCAGCAAUAAAAGCCCAGACUAAAGAAGCUGUCUGAAUAAGCAUCCGCUCCUUACAUGGAGAGAAUUGCGAGUGGUGGCAGCAAAUGCUCACACAUGCAUAUUCGCAGCUUUGGCAGGCAGCGUGCAGUAACUGGAAAAUGUCUAUCAGUGUCACGCUCGCUGUUAUGAUGGCGUAAGUUUGGUAGCGUAGUUUCACAUGGCACACGGCUGUGAAUCAUCACCCCUAACCCUAAACAUGUCACACAGAGGGAUGAGUAUGUCUAACCUCAAAACUCUUUGUUCUCUGCUGGACCUAGCUGUCUGAAUCUAGGUGCCUAUUUCACCAUGUGUCCCUUAACUGCAGUUAAGCCUGUGUUUAUAUUUGCUUCUCAACAGCAUUUCUAUUAUUACUACUACUACUUUAUCUCAUUAGUAAUACCGUAUUGUACGUUUGUGUUUAAACAGAGAUGCUGAUGUGUAAUUGCACUAAAAGUUGUUUUGAGCUUUAUUUUGGAGUGUUGAUCUAGACUCAGGAAGACCUAUAUGUUCGGUCUGUGUUUGCACAUCGAGAGAUAUUUUAAGAGGACGAACACUUAAAAUUUUUUGUGGUAGAUAUUGUAGAAAGGUAUAAGGAUACCUUUGAUUGCUAAAAUGUAAGUUUUUGAUUAAUUCACAAGGAAUGGUGCAUAUAUAACUGACCACAGUUAAGGAUUAAAAAGGAUGAGGGACAAUUUAUUACAACGUAUUUAUUACAAAAUGAAUUACUGACUUAAAGCUUUAGCCAAAUAAUUGAGCUAAACGGAUCAAACUUGCAGUAUAAAUGCUCCCAAAAUACCUGUUGUGGUAUUCUGCUGAUCAUCCUGUAUUUGUUAGGAGGUAAUUUAAUCUCAUAGAGAACUGGUCUGUUUUACCUACUGUUACGCUAGUAAACUUAUAGACUAAAAAUCAAUAUGUUGCAAAAUUAUACAAAUAUGUAAUUUGAUUGUUUAUACUACCUAAUAUGUAAAUAGAAUUACAUACAAGUAAAGGUGUGAAUAAAAUCAAGCUGAACCCUGAAAUAUCAUCAUGUUUCUGCUUCGUUUUGUUUUGACACAGAUCUGUGUCCAUGCAUUUUUGCAUUGCAUUAUACCGUAUACUUUUACAUUUGUCUUUUCAUUUUUGCCUUUUCAUUAUCCUGUGCUAAGCAUGCAUUGCUGUCCAUUGACUGCAUGAAAUCAGAUCACAGGUAACGUCUAUAACAGUGACGCUGUCAUGGCUUGUGACUGCACAGGCAUAACUUUAAUUUCGAUUUGUUUGGUUGAUGGUCGGGUGUGCUGUUUUGCAGUGAAGACCACUUUAUGGUUCAUCUUUUCCGCAUUUAAUUAAAAAAAAACACCAACUGAAAGUUUAAAGACUAAUAGAAAAUAAGUCAGCAUCAGAGUCUGGUACUUUGGAGAGAUUUUAAGCACACAUACAUAUAAAGUCCAGUGGUGAAAAUGUAUUAUUCAACACCAUCGCUGAGUACUUUAUCAUAAUUAUUUGAGUUUUCCAAAGACAUCUCUUUCGCGGAUUGAAAAUGCUUUGGUUUGCUGUGUCAAAAAUGCGUAACCAAUCAUAUUUUAACUCACAUGUGCUGAACUCGCAUGCAGUGUGUAAUAUUCUAACCUGCUAAGAUUAGCGUUAAAAACAAUUGACCCUUCGAUAAGCCCCACCUUCCUUAGUUACUGUUGCUACGCCUGACAAGCUUUCACGUCUGGCAAGAGUCUAUUACAGUAUGUUUGCACCGGUGUCAGACAUUCCCAAGGACAUAAUUAGUCAUUUUUGGCAAAUAGGUGAAAUAUCUGAGAGAGCAAGACAAAAAGGACUGCAGUAUGCUUUCAAGGGAUAUAUCCACAACUAAAUAUGAAACCGAUUAGAAAAUAAUUUUAUCAAAAUUAGCCUAAAGCCUAUAGAUUAACACAAUCCAUAUGUACAAUGCUUCAGCAUGUUUCCCUUGCUCAAAAUCUUAUCAGACCUCCCGCGAUUAAUUACGUUGAUAAAUCACGAUUGGCUUGUUGCGGUUUUUGGGCGUGGCUUAGCGAAGGGUUAAAGAGUAACUAAACUCUGAUCAGAGCCUGACUCCACCCACUAGCAAUAUUUAAAAAAAUGCAAGAAAAGUGGGUAGACACCAACGGUAUGGAAGGCCGUUAAAGCAAAAACGUGUUAAAAUGUCGUGGUUUAACACGUUUUUGCUUUAAAGGCCUUCCAUACAACAGAGAUAAAGGGGACGAACUGAGCUCGUACUAAGUGUGUGGAGAGAUCGUAACAAGGGCAUGGUGAGCUUGAACCUGCUUAUGUAGGGUCGUACCGCUUACAUCACGCAGUACCGCAACAUCCAACAGGAAAAUUAAACUGCAGUAGCCACCAUUCAACCUGAAGGGUGCAGCACUCAGACGUUUUACACCAUAUAGGCUAUUGUAGCAUUGAAACACUUUAAACCCAAAUGUCAAAAAAGUUACUCAAAUCAAUGAACAGCAUUAAUAAAGCCCUAUUCUUACAGAUCAUUAACUAAAAAAAGUUGGUUUAGGGUUUAGUCACUCUUUAAUUAGUGCUCCAAAAGUGCAGUUAAUGUAUGUAUUUGUGAAACCAGAUUUGGCAGUUAUGUACUGAAACUACAUUGCAUAAAGCAAAAUGUGUUUUUUUUUUUGUAUUUGAUGUCGUUAUUCAAUAAAAAAAAAGUUAUGUACUGAAACUACCGAAAUUAGCAUCUAUUUGCGUGUAAGAAAGGGUGGAUGCAGGGCCUAAUUCGCAUAUUCAUAUCUAUGGUCUGAGCUGUGCGAUUGAGUAGAGGCGAAGACUAAUUAGCAUAUUCAUAGAUCCGCGUAUACUAAAUGAGGGAAUUGCAUUUAAAACGAGCAGUUUUAACGCUUUUAGAAAUUACUGUCACAGGAAAAACUUUUACAUAUACUAUUAUGAUGCUCAAAGUUUUAACUGAAAAAAUUAUUGACCACAGGAAGACUUUAACUUGUAUAUAAGAUUAAAUGGCACCGAAAGACGAGAUUGAGGUCCACUCAAAAUGAUUCUUUCAGAACAGAAGCAGAUAGUUUUAUAAGCGAGAUAUAUUUAAAGGUUUUUAAAGUUCAUGAAAGAAUAUAAGACUAAAAUAUUAAGAUAAUUCGACCUUGCAUGACACUUGCUUGUUGCAGUGUGAGGCUUCAGAAAGCUAUUAAGAGUCCUAAAUUUAGAAAUUGUAUCAUGAAUAUAAUUAAAACAUGACUUUUAGUUGGCAAUUAGAAUGGCAAUUUCUGCCAGAUCACUAGGGGGUGCUAUAGUACUACACAUGCUUAAUUCCUGUAAUACAUGUUCUCAUCAGUUCAGAAUGUGUGUGCGGUCUUUAACAGUUACAGGGUAGCACGGUUUGACAUCACACACAAUAACUGCAGAAAAGAGACAAAUACCGACCUAGCUCUCCAAACAGUCAUUUCAUCAUAUGUCUUAAACCCAAACAGUCUGACACCCAGACUAAAAUAUGACUUGAAAUAGUGCUGUCUACAGUAAUAACAUGUGAGGACUUGAAGUGGUUUAAAUAACUCGAGGGAGAGUCACAGUAAAUCAUUUUGCUUUAAGAGUUAAACGUGUGCUGGUAGCAGGACUCUGGACGAGUGUUUCAUGUUUGUAGACGGCUCAACAGCUCUGUGUCUACCUGUAAACCAAACUUCUGGCUGCUCAAUACAAUUUUGUACUUUAGGUGUCAGGGUGGGAUGGUGAAAGAAUCUAUAUAUCUAUAUACUGUAUGUACUGUAUGUUGUUUGGGUUAUUUUAUUUUAAAAUCUUUGCUGAAAGCAAGUUAAAAAAUUUUAAAUAGUGCUCGAUGUAUUUAUAUUAAGUUUAGUAGGCCAAAGUGCAUACUUUCAAUAGUAGACAUUCUCUGCGUUCUUGUACUGUCUCACUAUUGUUCGUAAUUUUUGUAAAUUUGCAAACAGCCAAGAACUUGCUUAAGUUAUUUAAAGUCAUAUUUACAAUUUACCACAACAAUAUAUGUAUAUAUUCUACCAACAUAAAAAGUGUCCAGUGUUUUUACGGUCUAAGAAAGUUUCUUGAUUGUCUGAACGUUAGAGGAAUGUUAAAUUUUACCAUUUUUAAAUGUUAUGAUGAUAUCAAAA